GGACUAUCGCAAAAGAUUUUACAUUUUAUGUAUCUUUACGUGCAUCUGUUAUAGUGGAAAAUGGUCAAACAACUAAUAAUGAUAAAGUUGUACAGAAUGUUGAUCUUACUUCUGAAAAUAUUAAUGCAUCUACUGUAGACAGUGGCGAUUGUGCUACCAUUUG